AUGAACAUUUCGAACAUUCCGAUUGAUAUCGUGAACGAUGCUCAGAAGCUUCUGGACGAUUUGGGAAAAAGUUUUGAGGAAAUGAGAUAUCAGGCGCCACCACAAAGCCAACCACCUGCACGUCAUCUCACUUUCCUUCAACGUACUCUGGGCGGAUCAAGCGCCCCAAAAAGCAGUUCGCUUCAUCAAGAACAGCAGCAAUACGAGAGAGACACCAGAAGUAUGCCUGCGUCGAAAUUUUGGCCUCUGGCAAAAAGCUCCUAUCCAAUUUUGCACGAAAUCGCCCAAAAAGUUCAUGCGAUUCAACUACUCGCACAAAAUGGACAUUCUGCAGACGAAGUGGAGGAGAACGGUGGAUUGGAUGCCCUGGAACGUCUUCAAGAAUCACAAUCAGAAUCGAUUUACACUCAGGCCUACCGUAUCAUCACACAGUUCUUUGGCGACGAUGAAAACGAUGAAAAUGGUCAGAAUGAUGAGAAUUCUAGAGCUUCGGCUGCUGGAAAUGCACAAAAUCAGUGGAAUUUCUAA